AUGUCUGAUAAAUUAAUUUGGGUUGAUUUGGAAAUGACUGGUUUGGAUGUUAAUAAAUGCACUAUAUUAGAAAUGGCUUGCAUUAUUACUGAUGGUCAACUCAAUAUUGUUGCAGAGGUUAGCAAAUGUCCACUGGCUGGCAACUCUGUUCAAUUUGAUAAGAUGUUCUACAAAUAUAUGCCAAAAUUAUUGGACUUGCACUAUCGUGUUGUUGAUGUCAGUACAGUUAAAGAAUUAUGCAGGAGGUGGUACCCUAACACAAUUUCAUUUGCACCUAAGAAAAGUCAGAAACAUAGAGCACUAGAAGAUAUAAAAGAGAGUAUUGAAGAAUUAAAAUACUAUCGAUCAUCAAUAUUCAAAAUAAUUUACUUUGAAGGAAAUGUAAAUAUGUAA